AUGCAGUUGACUCCGAGGAACAGAGAGAGAGAGUCGACAGUAGCAGUAGCAUUGGCAGAUGUGAUGAUGUACGAUGACGCUACGAAGCAGUGGCUUUCACCUGACGGAUCUAGUGAAGCAGCCCGAUCACAAGUCCGAAUAUUACAUAAUGUUCAUACCAACGCAUUUCGUAUUGUCGGUACUCGUUUGCAGGAUGGGCAUUGGAUUCUUAAUUGCAAUAUUUACGAGAGAUUGAGAUACAAGCCAGCAACGCCAACAUUUCAUCAGUGGAGGGAUGAAAAAAGAAAAGUUUAUGGCCUAAGUUUUAUGAAAGAAGAAGAUGCUCAUCUUUUCGUAAAAGUUAUGACACAAGCGUUGUCACUAUUAGCGUCAAGUAGCGAUUAUCAGAAUGGCAGUGAUUUAGGUUUUUCGAAUACUAUCUAUCAAGAACCGCAUCAAUUACAUCACAAUGCAUAUAGUUCACCAUCAUUUCGGGGUACUGAUGAUGAAAGUUUGUAUUCUGGUGGUGGUUCGCCAGCGCAAAAUGUGAACAACUUCCGAAAAUCGUCACAAUCAGUGCAAAGCUCAACCAGUGGUAUUGGAACUGCAACAACGAUGAUGGUGUAUAAUGUACAACGGCGUGCUUCACAAGGUUCAUCCAGUUCCUCCAAUGGUUCCUCACUACCUCCUGCAAUUUAUGCAACAACCUCUGCUAAUAAUAAUUGUCCUGCCAGCAGUUCUGUUCGACCUGCCCCACCUACACCUCUUGCAAGCAACUAUAAUUCCACACCGUCACUUUCCAUUAGUUCUACCAAUGUUGCAACAGUUUCCUCAAAUGCACCACCAGCACCACCACCGCCACCACCGCCAUCUUCUCUAUCAUUGGGCAAAGGAUGCAGCUCUAUUGCAGAUCAGUUGAAAAAAGUACAACUCCGGAAAGUCAGUGCACCGCCAUCGUCGAAUUCAACAGCCUCCGGCGGCAGUAAUUUAUUAUCGGAGCUGGAAGCAACUCUCAUCAAACGCAAAAAUCAAUGUGAUAACAGUGAUUCUCGCUCUAUCGGAAGUGAUACGGCAUUCUCAACAAAUGCCGUCGGCAAUGGGACCUUACGUCGCCCGUGGGAGAAGCAAAUUAAUGGCAAUGCAAACAUUGAUUCUCCAAAAAUAGAUCGCAAAUUACCAAGCUCGAAUUCGUUGAAUCAAGAGGAUUCACGAAUUGGAGGCCAUCAUGGUGCUGCUAUAACAAUGGAAACUCUAGAGAAAUGGAAGGAAGAAAUUUUAAGUGAACUAAGACAAGAAUUAAAUAAAACAAAAAAUGAAAUUAUCGAUGCUUUACGCUCCGAAUUAUGUUUGCAGAGACGGUAA